GCCGGCCGUCAGGAGGAAGCGCUCGGGCUUUCGUUCGGGAGCGCCGGGUCCUUCUUACGUCGGAGAGGCGCUGAGAGGACUGCGGGGCGCGAGUCAAAAAUUUAAAAGAAAAAAAAAAGGGAGGAGACGGCGGCGUCUGGACCUCGCGGGCUGAGCUCACUUCUUGCAACCCCUCCAAGUUGCAAUCCCUCUCUCAAGCCGCCUGCCCGUUUCUGGGCUUGCGGGUGGGGAAGAAGCUGGAGCAGCGGCGGCGUUAGAAGACGUUAGAAGACCAUCUCCAACCCACCCUCCCAUCCCGUGUCCUCGCCGGCAACGUUGUUUUCUGGAGGCGUUUCCCUCGCUUUCUUUCCUUCCUUCCCGGGCUCGCUUCGCACAAAGCCAGCGCCUGGGUUCCGCUCUCCCGGCUGCCCCCGCCCCACCGCCUCCCCUCCUCUCCUGCCUGCUUGCCUGCCUUCUUCUUCUUUUUUUGGGCUUCUUUUCACGCGAUGGGCCAGAGAAGCUCCCGGAACGACCCGCGGGCCAGCGCCUAGAACUCCGGCUGCAUUGCCUCUCCUGCUGGCGACCGCGUCUUUCCUGCUUUAGCCGAGUCUCACCCGAUUCAUUCUUCUCUGGCUCUGAAGCGUCGUCUCCACCGGACUCGGCAGGAAGAAAGGAGAGAGAGACGAAAGGCGGCGGGCAGGGCGAAGCCGCCCUCCAUCUGGGCUCUUGUGUUUCUGCUUCCAGGAGCCGAGAAGAAGGAAAGCUUGGACCAUGGGGAGCAGUAAAAGUAAACCCAAAGACCCUAGCCAACGGAGACGCAGUUUGGACUCCACAGAAAAUAUACAUGGCAGCUGCUCUACCUCUCAAACUCCCAGCAAGAACACUGUUCCAGAAACUCAUCGUACCCCUAGUCGGUUAUUUGGAAAUACAGCUACAGAACCAAAGCUCUUUGGGGGAUCAAAUACAUCAGAUAUGGUCACUUCUCCUCAGCGCUGUGGCGCUUUAGCUGGUGGAGUCACAACAUUUGUGGCUCUCUAUGAUUAUGAAUCACGGACAGAAUCAGAUCUUUCUUUCAAAAAAGGAGAACGCCUCCAAAUCCUCAACAACACGCGAAAAGUGGAUGUCAGCAACCAGAUCUGGUUCAAAUUCAAAGGGCUGCAAAGGGAAGGAGAUUGGUGGCUGGCUCACUCCCUCACAACUGGCCAGAAAGGCUACAUCCCCAGUAACUACGUCGCACCUUCAGACUCCAUCCAAGCAGAAGAGGAGCCUCCUGGAUUUUUUGAAGGGAGAGAUGGGCAAGUAUCUGAGACUGCCCCAGCUGGUGGACAUGGCUGCACAGGUGCCUACUGCCUCUCUGUCUCAGAUUUUGACAAUGCCAAGGGCCUCAAUGUGAAGCACUACAAAAUUCGCAAACUGGACAAUGGUGGCUUUUAUAUCACAUCCCGUACACAGUUCAGCAGCCUUCAGCAAUUAGUGGCUUAUUAUUCCAAACAUGCAGAUGGUUUGUGCCACCGUCUUACCAAUGUUUGCCCAACCAGCAAGCCUCAAACACAGGGCUUGGCAAAAGAUGCUUGGGAAAUCCCCCGGGAAUCUUUGCGGCUAGAGGUCAAACUUGGACAAGGCUGCUUUGGAGAAGUCUGGAUGGGGACCUGGAAUGGUACCACCAGGGUAGCAAUCAAGACUCUAAAACCUGGGACAAUGUCUCCAGAAGCAUUUCUACAGGAGGCUCAGGUUAUGAAGAAACUGCGCCAUGAAAAGCUGGUGCAGUUGUAUGCUGUGGUUUCAGAAGAGCCAAUUUACAUCGUAACAGAGUAUAUGUGCAAAGAUUGCCUCUGGCAUGGCCUACGUGGAGAGGAUGAACUACGUUCACAGAGAUCUCCGAGCUGCCAACAUCCUUGUGGGGGAGAACCUGGUAUGCAAAGUAGCUGACUUUGGACUGGCACGACUGAUUGAGGACAAUGAAUACACAGCAAGACAAGGUGCUAAAUUCCCCAUCAAAUGGACUGCUCCAGAAGCUGCUCUGUAUGGUCGGUUCACUAUCAAGUCAGAUGUUUGGUCCUUUGGAAUACUCUUGACAGAACUUGCCACCAAAGGUCGAGUACCAUAUCCCGGCAUGGUGAAUCGGGAAGUCCUAGAUCAAGUGGAGCGAGGUUAUCGGAUGCCCUGUCCACCAGAAUGCCCAGAAUCUCUCCACGAUCUGAUGUGCCAGUGCUGGAGAAAGGAUCCCGAGGAAAGGCCAACCUUCGAAUAUCUCCAAGCUUUCCUGGAGGAUUACUUCACAUCCACAGAACCCCAGUAUCAGCCAGGAGAAAAUCUAUAGGUCUGAGGACUGGACCAGUUGCCAGAAGAUUUUAUGCUGCUCCAAUGGCAAAUGUGCUCUAGAGAGGAACUUUUGAGACAUACUAGAAUCCCUGCUGGAGUAUUAGCCAGGGUGUUUUCAUCAUUCUGGCAAUUUGCCCUUCUUUUUAAGGAUUGCACCAAUUUACUUUGUUUGUGGUUAACAAAAGCCUUGAUGGAUGGUGAGAGUGAACGAAGUCUCAUUUCAAUAUGAAGUUGGUUGUAGUACAGCAGAGAAGUUUCUGGAACACCAAAACUUUCUGCAAAAAAAAUAAAAUAAUCAAGAGCCAAGAUCCUAUUCCUGAAAGUCACUUAUUUUCAGGACUGUGUCCUCCAUCAAAACCACUCCUGACUUGCUUAGAAGGAAUUGCAAUCAGGACAAUCCUGCAUUUGAUGCAGGACCGUUCUGCGUCAAAGCACUUGAGUUGUUUCUGAUUGAAUGCGGAUGCUAAGGAAGUAUGCCUUUCAGACUCUCGUGGCUUUUGUUCUUCUUUAUGGACAAAACCAGCACAAUUCCCCUACUUGUACUCAAAUAUCUGGAUCUAGGCUGACUGAAUCCAAGGGAAAAAAAAAGUAGCUCGCUUCUAUUGUGGACACUGCACAUUUUGUGUGUUUGUAAUCUCUCCUUUUUUUAUUUUCAACACCAUUUCCUUCUGUGCCACUGUCUAUCCAGUCUUGUCCUGUUCGUGGAGGUGCACUUGCCAAUCUUAGCCAUAUAAUAGGUGGAACUGGAUGUAUUGGGUCUGUUUAGAAAAGGUGUUGUUCUUUGCCUUCUGGCUGUAAAUGAACUAAAGGACAUUCUUGGGAAAACUGUACCCAGCAUAUAGGACAUAUAAUGUCAUAAAGCAAACAACGAUCCCCAAAUUGUUCAGGACAGUGAGCUAGAUCUUGGACUGGAGGCUUGUCUUCCCAUCUAGCCCUUUAAUUCAAUAGACAGCUGAAGAUUAUCAGUUUCUUCAGCCCAUAAAAAAGUAAAGUGGCAGGAUCAUAAAUCCUUCUUCUCUCUACCCAUAAUGAACUGCUAAGCUGUUAAUACCAGUCUCCUGCCUAGGAAAUAUUAGUCUUCCACAUAGCAUUCUAUAAAUUCUUUAAGCACACACUCAGCUCACAUCACUGCCUUUUAAUUUUAACCCAGUCUGGGAUUCCUCAGUGCCUUGGAAGCAUAAUUCUGCAGCAGGAAAUGGCCUGUUGUGUUUACUAUAAUACCCAUGGUCUAAUCACUGCUUCAACGGCCAUCCAUUUUCUUUGCCAUGAUUUAUGAUUGAGCAACAUACACUGGAAGGACGGAAGUAAAAAUACUCAAAAUUUAGGAAAACCUAUAUAAUUCAGCAAAAUCUGUUAUCCUUACCCAUUUUCCCUGUUCAGCCAUUUUAACUGUCUUCCCAGUUAAGGAAUAUAAUUUCAGGGAUUUAAAUCCAGUCUCCUGAUCCAGAAAACACACUGCAAAAUCUAUGUGGGCUCCUUUCAGAGUGAUUCUUAGUCUUCCUUCCCCAACCCUAUGCAUUUCACCUACUUUGGAUUAAAAACCCCAUCUGCCAGGAAGUGGAUGGUGAUAAUUGUGAUCAAAACAUAUGAAUAGUAUUGUCUUUGAGGGAGGCUGCUAUAAGAAAUCUAAAAUCCUGUUCUCUUAUUUUAUUUUCAAUAAAAAUUAAUAACAUUAAAAACUAAUGUACUAUGUAAAGUUUGGCAAAGGGAUUGUGAAGAAAUGAAUACUUAAUCUUUUA